AUGGCUGCGUUUAAUGAGUGCAAUAAAAACAAUAGAAACUCAAGUGAUUCCCAUGUCCAGCUCAGUUCCGUAUUAGAUAAGCAAUUAAGGGGAAAAUUCUUCGCUAUUGCCAGCUUAGCCGCCAUAUUGGCUUGCGCCUGCGCUGACGUCUCUGAGCUAUCUGGUUAUCACUACCACCCGCAUCACUAUAGUGCUCCAUCCCAUUCGUACAUUCCACCGGCAGCUACUGCUCCUGAACCAGUCUUCGCUCCUGCGCCUGCUCCAGCACCAGUUUACCAGCCAGCUCCUGCAGCCGCUGCUCCAGCUCCAGUAUACUACCAACCAGCUCCAGCUGCUUCCCAAAUCUACGAGCAGCCCGCUGAGGAUGGUUACAGAUACCGUACCGUGCGUCGUCGUGUCUACAGACAACGUCGCUUGUAA